UGCUCCAAAAAGACAGUGCUGCCAGGGAAGCUGAAAAGUGGAGGCUUGGAAGCAACAGGCAGCUAGACACUUCACAGCUCACAGCUCAACUCCCUGGAACUGCAGGAAGUCACUAAGGAAUGGGACAUUUAUUGCUUCCUUUGGGUGGCAGGACACUUACUGCCAUGUGGACCUUCCUUCACCAACGGCAGCAAGUCGGUUGUUAAAAAACAUGGCAAGAAGUCUCCCUGCCUAGGGUCAAAGGGAAUUUCUCUGGACAGGAUUACUUGGACAACAUGUGAAGAAAGAUUCACCUGGAUAGACGAGAUACUGACAGAAAGAUGAAUCCAGAAUCCCUGGACUCGUCCAUCCAAAGUGCUCUGUCGGCCCUUUUCCCGCCCUUCGAGGCCACAGCGCCCACCGUCCUCAGUCAGCUGUUCAGGACCAUCGAGGAGCGUUACCAGGGGGACGCGCUGCACUGCCUGCUGGACUUCCUCAUCCCAUCCAAACACCUCUUGGAGAGCGUGCAGCAGGCGGCGUGUGCUGCAUACUCAGACGUUCUGUUCCGCUGCGAAGGCUGGCCGCUGUGCCUCCACGAUAGGAUCGUGGUCCAGCUCGCUCCCCUCAACCCGCUCCUGCUGCGCCCCGGAGACUUCUACCUGCAGGUGGAGCCCUUUGGCGAACAGGCGUCCCGCAUUGUCCUCAAGAGCCUCCUGGAGGAGGGCUGCCGCGAGGUAGAGGAGACCCCCAUCCCGGAGACAUCCUACCCCUGCAUCUUCACCCUCGACUGGCUGAGGGAGGUCAACGAUGGUCGCCACAGUACCCCGCUGUCCCGCUGCCUGUUGUCCACCGACCAGGGAGUGAUGAAGGUGCCCUGGGCGCAAGUGGCCGUCCCCGAGUUCCUGGACAAGCCCAAGGCUGUGAGCACGGCGAGCGCCGCCCGCGGCGUCCCCUUUCAGCCCAGGCCGUUGCAGAUUCCCUCCACGUCCGAGUCUACCUCCUCCGCCCUCUCCCUGGAGACCAUGAUCCUCCCCGGCAGGGACGGCAUCUCUGUGUCCUUGCGGCUCACCGACGGCACUUCAAAACUGAUCAAGGGGGACCACGAGACGGCCGCGCCCAAACCGCGCUCCAAGCCGCUAAUCAAGCCCGUGGGCUGGGUAUCGCCCAACACGUGGGACACCAGCCGGAGCUACCGCGAGAUGGAAGGGGACUACGUGGAUUUAGUGGAGUUCUCCAAGGAAAAACAGCCCCCUGUGGGAAGCAACGAGACCCCCAACCUAUCCACUCCACCUGUGUUGAAACCGGUCCGGCCGCCUCCCCCGGUGCCUCGUGGGAACAGCGCCCACUGUGGGCGCACCCUCAGAUUUUCGGAGGAGCCUUGCUCGCCAUGCAGCCGGAGGAAGCUUGGACCACAACCUAGCGGGGAGGAGCUCAAAUGCAGGUACAGGGACUCCUACCUGGCGGCACUGCGGAACCCGGUUCCCUUUGACAGGGGGAGUGUGGGCACCCUGUCUGGACUGGACGAGUGUGACCCCUGUGAGGGGGAGGAGUCAUGCUGCAGAGGUCACACUGGAGGUCAGGUACCUGGGAAGUGUUGUGGCCACUUUAAGGAGCCUGUUGUCGGACCGGAGUCAAAUCCUCAUGGACGCCCGACCAACGAACCCCCACUGGAACUCAGUCACACAUCACCAUCCACUGAACCUGCCACAGCACACAACCCACAAAAACAUACUAAAGAACAUGAAGCCGUCCAUAAACUGGGCCAUGUGGAACCCCAGAAUAAGGAAUUUUGGACUGACCUCUUGGACCCUAAAAUGCGACCUGUCUCUGAGGUGACGUCACCUCCAGCGGGCCUUCACCUAGUCGAUGCCUGCGAGAGUGAUGUCAACCCCAAGCUAGUUUGGAACCCGGAGGCGGUCAAAACUAUUGGCAAACACAAGGGAAAGCUCAGGUCACUGUCCACCGUCUCUGAGAAAGCCAGAGGAAGUCCUCCGGUCUAUAAACUGAACAACAGAAGCCAUAGUGACAUCUGCAAAGAGAUGAUUCCCACCAGCGGCCAGGUGGUACAGUGUAGGAAGGACCCAGCCUUCAGCCUGGUGUCUCCCAAGCUGAGGAGACGCACGACUGCCAUCAAAGAUUCCCAGACUGGCAAAGGUGACUCAGAAACUGUUGUACCGCCCCACAAAUCUACCACCAAACCCCAGAGCCCAAAGACGAAGCCCUCAGCGCCCUCCACCCAGCCCCAGUCCCCUGUACCCGGAGGUCCUCCAUCUUCCCCCACCCAAGACUCCAACUUCAGAAACAUUAGCGACCUGCUGAACCUGGGCAUUAUCAGUCUACCAGGGAGUAGAGACAAGGCAGGCAGGGCCGUGCUGGAGGUCCAUGGGGACAGGCAGGGCUGGACGUCCCCUCUGCUGUCUGCCCAGGAGGUGUGCACAGCGCUACUCUACCUCCACUCCAUCCCCAGGAAAGACGUGCGGUCCCUGGGUCUGACGGUGGUGAUCGACGCCAGGAACAAACCUCCGCCCUCCUUCUUCUACAAAGCCCUACUGAUGGUACAGGAACACGCCUUACAUGCAGUCCACAGUUUGCUGCUGCUGGUGGAUAAAGACACAAGUCCUCGCCCUGAACGACACCCUGGACUACAGAUGGACGUGGUGACCUCACUGAAGGCCCUGCACAAGCUCGUGGAGGGACGACAGCUAACCUCUGACCUGGGUGGGACCUUCCCCUACAGCCACUCUGACUGGAUGCAGUUUCAACAGAAAUUGGUUUCCUUCUUGUCGGACUUGCAAGGCGCGGCCGAUUUACUACAUAGAGCAAUCAAGAAUAUUGAUGGAAAUCCAAAACUCGACACCGCCCAGGAUGUGCAGCUGUGUAUUCAAGAUCAGAAGACGUCAAUGAAAGACGUGCUGCAGGAUGCCCGAUUGGUUACUUUACAGAGAGAAGGUGGAGCCACCCUUGCCAGAAUGAGGAGGGAAGAGUUUCGAUUUGCUAAUUCUGACGACUACAGGGAUGCCUUGGAGUCAGUGACGGUCUUAUAUAACCAGGUGGAGGAGAGGGUCCAUACACUGGUGAUGAGGUCCAAUGAAUCACUGCAGCACCUGGACGUCCUGCUAAAACUCAGAGAGGCGGAGUCUAACCUGAACGCGGCUAAGGUGUGGUUCGAUACAGAAGGGGAGCAACAACUAAACGGCUAUGACCCAAGCGAGGACACCCUGGAGAGUGUCAACCAAACUCUUCAGCGAUUUGCCUCCUUCCUCUCUCAGGCCAAGGAGAAAAACCAACAAACCUUGACACUAAUGAUGGAGGUUGAGAAACUUCUGGGUUCCACCAAUCCAGAGAGAGACGUUUUUCAGAUCAUGCUGGACACUUUGAACUCGAAAAUGGCCGACUUUCUGCUGCGUGCUGAGCAAAGACGUAUCGACCUUGAGAACACAGUGCAUGUCUACCGCUUCUGUGAAGAGGCCACUGCCCUUGCCCAGGAGUCCCGCCAGUAUCUGGAGGAGGUAGAGACAGGGCGCUGCUCUGCCAAAGCCAGUCUAAACACACUUACGAUCUGCAAGGAGAGAUUGGCUGACUGCUUCUCGGCCCGACACUUCCAGAAUGUGAAAGCCAAAGCCGGCAGAGCGAGGGGCUCAGGGGGGAUGAGGUUGUGGAAUGCAGCCUGGAUCCAGUGCCGGGAUGUCAGCCAACGGCUGGGGGAGGCACUGGAGCAGUGGGGGGACGCAGCCCACAAAGACGGGCAGCAGCCCACAACUGAAGAGAAAAAGGUGAAGAUGAAGGAUGAAGAGGCCCUUCAGUCUGUCAUCACGGCUUCAUCCUCUCCUCCGUGCCAGGCCGAAAAGGCCGAUAACUCAGGGAGCGGCCGUUGGGACCAGGCGGAGGGCAGAUCCAGCGAUGCGAGGGAAAGCGCUCACGUCCGAUGUUUUAACCUCCCGUUCCAAGCGGACUCCAAGAGGAAUACCGGACCUGAGGUGCUCACUGGACCCCACGAUGGAGUAGGAGCCCCAGUUAGGCGCCGCAGCGAGGCAGACCUCAAUAAAGGGAAUCCGGUGGGCAGGUGUGAGGUGUUUCCAUGGCAACAAGGUGCAUUGGGGCGGUCCCUGAGCGAGGGUUCCUGCGUCAGCUCUCUCCUGUCUUCCGAGUGCGGCGCCGCUGCCCUGUUGCUGGGGAACCACUCCCAGUCCCGGCCUUUAGUGGUGUCACGGCACAACCCUCAGCAUUCUCAUGAUAUAUCAUGCGAUGGAAGUUUCUGUUCCGGUCAAUCCUGCUGUGACACGAAUGACGACAGGUGCGGCGACAGAGAAGAUCGUGACCCCGUGGAUGUGUCUUUCUCUGACUGCCCCGGUGUCACAGUCAGUGACAGGACCCAGGAGGCCUCAUCAGUGUCUGACCUGCAAGCUGAGGAAAAUGCAAACAAUGUCCUGAAACUGCAGAGGAUCAUGGAGGAGCUGUUGAUGACAGAGAGGGAGUAUGUGCGAUCUCUAGGAUACGUCCGGGAGCAUUACUUCGCUGAGCUGGACAGACCCGAUGUGCCUCAGGAUCUGCGGGGCCAGAGGGGGAGUAUUUUUGGCAAUCUGGAGAAGCUCCAUGACUUCCACCAUCACCACUUCCUUAAAGAGCUAGAGGGAUGUCUUCAAGAACCUUUCAGGGUGGGACGUUGCUUUUUACGACACAGUGAGAGCUUUGGCCUGUACGCUCUCUACAGCAAAAACAAGCCGCAGUCAGACAGCUUGCUUGUCAGCUAUGGCUAUGACUUCUUCAAGAAAAAACAGCUGCAGCUGGGCGACAAGAUGGACCUGUCCUCCUACCUGCUGAAACCGGUGCAGCGGAUUAGCAAGUACAGCCUUUUGCUGCAGGACAUGGUGAAGGAGUGUGGUCCCCACAGGCUCCGCGAGAAGGCUGAGGUCCAGCAUGCCCUGGAGGUCAUCCAGUUCCAGCUGCGCCAUGGCAACAACCUUCUGGCUAUGGACGACAUCCAGGACUGUGAUGUCAACUUAAAGGAGCAAGGACAGCUGAUUCGUCAGGAUGAGUUUUUGGUGUCCUUCAGAAAAAAGAAGUGUUUCCGACACAUCUUCCUAUUCCAGGAACUUGUCCUCUUCAGCAAGACCAAGAAGACCGAUGUGGGAAAUGACACAUAUGUCUACAAACAGUCAUUCAAGACCUCUGACCUCGGCAUGACCCAUAACUCGGGAGACAGUGGGUUGUGUUUCGAGAUCUGGUUUCGAAGGAGGAAGUCCCAGGACACGUACACCCUGCAGGCUGUGAGCAGGGCGGUGAAGGAGGCCUGGACUAAAGACCUGGAGCACAUUCUCUGGGACCAGGCUGUACACAACAGAGAGAUCCGUAUGCAGGAGAGGGUGUUCAUGGGUAUUGGCAACAAGCCGUUCAUGGACAUCCAGCCUAGCGACGCGGCCAUCAACGACAGGGCGGUUAACUGUGCCCUGAUGGGAAGAGAAUCCAAAGUCUUGUGUAUCUCAGGGACUUCUGGCUCACGUUGCGGGUUUCCUGUGACACGGCCAAACACCAUUGGCUCAGGGAGCUGUUCUUCAUCUUUCGGUAGCCACUCCUCUUCCUCUUCGGGAAGGGGGUCCCUGUCGCCCCUUGUAGGGGGGUACCUGUGUGGCCCGAAGCAAAGGGGGGCGGCUGGAGGUCAAGGGCAUCCUGUUGUCCUGGAGGAAGAUGACAUGGACCAGGAGAGGGGGAGUCAGAAUCUUCUGAUGGGCAGCUCGGAAUCUUCCGGCGAGAGUGUGAGUGGCUUCAGCAGCUCCGGAUACAGCUGCCACUCUGCCCCUGGCGGAGACGGGGAUGACGCCUCUUCCAUGUGCCCCUCGGUCGUCAGCAUGAAAGACUCCCCGGCCGGCCAACACGAACGUGACUUACGCAAGACCAAGGGUCCCACUCGGUCUUCUGAGAAACCCAGCGCUCCCGCGAUUCCACCUAAACCGCCGGCUCUGACCAAGGAACCUCCCAUGGUUAAAAAAGCUGUCAUUGGAAAGUCAACAGAGGUUUGAGCUCGGUUUGGACCUUUCCAUUACAGAAGGACAGAGUGGACUUGUGUUGCUGUUUAAAGGGGAUGGUUAUGCAUAUGUGUUAAUGUAAUCUGCUUUUACUAUUGUUUUUACUGACCACUAAACUGACAAGAAGAUGUUUACUGUGUUUCACAUACUGUAGUUAGGCCUGUAUCUGUAUGUUGUAUUCUAUUGCCAUUUAAACAUGUCUGAUUUGUUUUGUGUAAGAUAAGUGCAUUCAACAUGAUUCCCUUAUUUCCAUUAUUCACUUUCUCUGGUGGGGGUCUUCAACAAAGACUAGCAAUUUAACGUGAACACGAACCGAAUUUUUAUACUGCACUGCACCGUCACCAUUUAUAAGGCACCAUUUUUAUUUUUCUGGAAUUUAAAUAAAGUUAUGAUAAAUGCGGUGAUGCAAAUCCCGUUCUCCUGGACCGAUGCAUCUGGUGGGAAUGUCACACCAGACCAGUUUUCCCGCCUGGCCAGUAACACAUAGUGUCAUUAAACUGACCUGGUACAAUGUUCUUAAAGACAGUGGUGAAUCAAUCAUGGAAUCAACGUCCCCCGUCUGUUUUGUUCAGAUGUGUUUUCAUGCUCUCUCUUUCGCUGGGUAGAGGACAGAUGCAGUUCUGGCGUCAAAUGACAGUUCCACUUGCCCAGCUCCUGCUACACAGAAACAUACUGUCGUUAUGGUACAUCAGGUGGAGUGUCAAUAUUACAGUUGACAGACCUGCUGACGAGUUCAUCGGUCUACAGGUUAGGAACAUUGAUUGUAUGUGUUUUACCAGAAGAACAUGUUUUACCAGAAGGCCGCUGCUCUGUGUCAUCUAUUCAGUCAUGGGGUCGUGCUGAAAUCGGUCCAAUGUUGUUUUUUUUCAUGUUGAAGAAAACUCAUUGACAAAAUUAAAUGAAUGUUAACUGGC